UCAGCAUUUCUAGUUACGAGUCCGAUUGGGCAACACACGCUCACCUCGCGAUCGCGUCGAAAGAACCCCAGCGCGUUCUCGUCCAUACCUUCUGGACGUACAAAUAUAAUAUAACAUUUUCUUUUUUUUUUGUUGGUGAAACAAGAAGUGAAGCAAAAGCCCAAUGAUGGCAGGCAAAUCGCUGAUAUUCGUGGGCCUAUGCCUAUGGCUGAUAUUAAUGGUUCGACGAACCUCUGCGCAGGAUAGCAAUAAUGUUUUGCUGGAGACGAUCAACUUUUUGCGACGCGGCCAGGCGGACGUGGAGCUGGAGAACUAUGACAACAAUCUAGUGCUGGACAGCGAGUACGAUUUCAUAGUGGUUGGAGCCGGGACAGCGGGCUGUGCCCUGGCCGCCCGCCUCUCGGAGAAUCCCCAAUGGCGAGUGCUGCUCCUCGAGGCCGGCGGUCCCGAGCGAUUGGUCAUGGAUGUGCCCAUAGUGGCGCACUUCCUGCAGCUCGGCGAGAUGAACUGGAAGUACAGGACGCAGCCCUCGGAUCAUGCCUGCCUGGCCAUGAACGGGAAUCGCUGCAAUUGGCCCAGGGGCAAGGUGAUGGGCGGCAGUUCGGUCCUCAACUACAUGAUGUACACGCGGGGCAAUCGCAGGGACUACGAUCGCUGGGAGGCACUGGGCAAUCCGGGCUGGAGCUUCAAGGACGUGCUGCCGUACUUCAAGAAGUACGAGGGCAGCAGUGUGCCCGACGCCGAGGAGGACUAUGUGGGCCGCAAUGGACCGGUGAAGGUCAGCUAUGUGAACUGGCGCUCCAAAAUCUCCGAGGCCUUUGUGGAGGCCGCCCAGCAGGAUGGCCUCAAGUACCGCGACUACAAUGGACGCAUUCAGAAUGGCGUGGCCUUCCUGCACACCACCACCCGGAAUUCCACGCGCUGGAGCUCCAAUCGUGCCUAUCUCUAUCCGCUGAAGGGUAAGCGCAGCAAUCUGCAUGUGAAGAAGAACGCCCUGGUCACCAAGGUGCUCAUCGAUCCGCAAACCAAGACGGCCUACGGCAUAAUGGUGCAAACGGAGGGCAAAAUGCAGAAGAUCCUGGCCAGAAGGGAGGUGAUUGUCUCGGCGGGCGCCAUCAAUACACCCCAAUUGCUGAUGCUGUCGGGCGUGGGCCCAGCCAAGCAUCUGCGCGAAGUGGGCAUCAAGCCGCUGGCCGAUCUGGCCGUGGGCUAUAACCUACAGGAUCACACAGCGCCGGCGGUCACCUUCACCACCAAUGCUACGUCGCUGAAGUUCGAGGACUUUGCCGAUCCCACACUGGUGAACCGAUUCAAUCGCAUGGAGGGACCGUAUGGCUCGCCGGGCGGCUGUGAGGCCAUUGCCUUCUGGGAUCUGGAUCAUGAACGGGAUGAGGAUGGCUGGCCCGACAUUGAGCUCUUCCUGGUGGGCGGUUCCAUGUCCUCCAAUCCGGCCAUCUCACGUGCCUUUGGGCUGAAGAAGUCCAUCUACGACUCGCUGUUCGCCGAGAUUGAGGACAAGUCACUGAACGCCUUCAUGAUCUUUCCCAUGAUCUUGCGGCCCAAGAGUCGUGGUCGCAUCAUGCUGAAGAGCAGCGAUCCCUUCAAGUAUCCGCUGAUCCAUGCCAACUACUUUGCCCAUCCCUACGACGUGGACAUCUCGGUGCGGGGCCUGCUGAAGGCCAUCAGUCUGAUGGACCAGCGGGGUAUGCAGGCCAUCGAUGCCAAGUUGUGGGAGAAGAAGAUCCCCACGUGCAAGCAGCAUGCCUACAAGAGUUGGGCCUACUGGGCCUGCUAUGUGAGGCACUUCACCUUCACCAUCUACCACUAUUCGGGCACGGCCAAAAUGGGCCCCAAAUCGGACCGGGCUGCGGUGGUGGAUGCCCGCCUGCGGGUCCAUGGCAUCCGGAAUCUGCGAGUGGCCGAUGCCAGCAUCAUGCCGGAAAUCAUGUCCGGACAUCCCAAUGGACCCGUUUUCAUGAUCGCCGAGAAGGCGGCCGAUAUGAUCAAGCAGGAUCAUGGUUUCAUCCAAUAAACAAGCCUCAAUCCAAAGUUCAAUUCCACAAUCAGGUGUAAGCCCCAUUUACACUGGCCAUCAUGUUGUUGAACCCCCACCCAUCGUCUCAAAUUCAUCUCAAAUCACUGGCUAGUGUGAAAUGGGGCUUAAGUUCUUUAGUUAGGGCUGGUCAGCAUUCUAAAAUUGUUUGUUAUUAUCUGUAAUUCUCUCUUGCCUGAACUGAUUCUAGUUUAAGUUUAGAAAUGUAAGCCACAUAUGCAUUAAUAAAUUCAAAUAAGUUUUGUAUGUACUAUAAAAA